AUGUCGGACGUUGUUAAGAAGGGCAGCGAUGAUUCCUCUGCAACGGUAACGUCGCAGGUGACUGACUCACCGACUAUUCCCGACGUCGACAACUAUGUCGCAUAUACUAUCAAAAACACGAAGGCGUUGCCUCCUGUUACCUGGUCGAAUCUCCUGAAUGAGCUCAACUGGCUCUCAGUGUACAUUCUGACCAUUCCGCCUUUGGUUGGUUUCGUCGGCGCGUUCUAUGUCAAACUGCAAUGGGAAACCGCUGUUUGGGCUGUGGCAUACUACUUUUUGACUGGUCUAGGUAUCACGGCUGGUUAUCAUCGUCUAUGGGCUCACCGUGCAUUUAACGCAUCUCUUCCUUUGCAAUAUGUUCUCGCUAUUUUGGGCGCUGGCUCCCUCCAGGGCUCUAUCAAAUGGUGGUCCAGAGGUCACCGUGCUCACCAUAGAUAUACCGACACUGAACUCGACCCGUACAACGCACACAAAGGCUUUUGGUUCUCCCACGUCGGCUGGAUGUUGGUCAAGCCUCGUCGCAAGCCUGGUGUUGCCGAUGUCAGCGACUUGAGACAUAAUCCCGUCGUCAAAUGGCAGCACAAGCAUUAUCUUUCUUUGAUCCUGUUCAUGGGCUUCAUACUGCCAUCGAUAGUCGCUUACGUUGGAUGGGGAGAUGCCAAAGGUGGAUUCAUUUACGCGGGAGUCAUUCGAUUGGUUUUUGUGCAUCAUUCUACUUUCUGUGUCAAUUCGCUUGCGCACUGGCUUGGUGAAACUCCCUUCGACGACAAACACACUCCUCGGGACCACAUGAUUACUGCAUUUGUGACAAUCGGUGAAGGGUACCAUAACUUCCACCACCAGUUCCCCAUGGACUACAGAAAUGCCAUCAAGUGGUACCAGUACGAUCCCACCAAAUGGACUAUUUGGGUGUUGGCCAAGUUGGGUUUGGCUUCGCAUCUUAAGGUCUUCCCCGAUAAUGAAGUUCGCAAGGGUCAGCUCACAAUGGAAUUGAAAAAACUUCGCCGAACGCAGGAUAAGCUUUCGUGGCCCAGUGAUAGUAACGACCUUCCUGUUAUAUCUUGGGAGAGCUUCACAAGUCAAUCAGAAAAGAGACCUCUUAUCCUUAUUUCUGGUUUCAUCCACGAUGUUUCAGAUUUCAUUGAAGAACAUCCGGGUGGUGCACACUUUGUUCGCAAUUACAUUGGCAAAGACGCUACUACGGCUUUCUUCGGAGGUGUAUAUGAUCACUCCAACGCAGCUCACAAUCUUCUCGCUAUGAAACGCGUCGGUGUCCUGCACGGCGGCUCUCCACAUGGCUUAGAUGACAAGCGUGCAAUUCCUCCUUCCCAGAGACUCAAAAUCGCACGUUACACUGAAUUGCUUUCACCUGGAAGCAGCUCGGCGUACAGCGACGGAGAGGAUGGAUUGCUCUAG